UUUAAACUCAUUAUUUUCUCAGUUUUAGGUACAAGUUGUAUACAUGGAGAAUCCAUGGGGAAUAGUUAUAGCUGUUGCAGCGUUUCUCAUUCAAUUCAUUACGUUUGGAAUUUGUCUUUCUUUUGGUAUCUAUGUUAUAGAAUUACAAAAUGAGUUUGAUUCGGGCUUAUCAAUAAUUUCUUCUAUCGGUUCAAUAAAUAUUGGAUUUCAGUUGAGUUCAGGUCCUUUUGCCAGUUUUCUAAUGCGAAAGAUGUCCUAUAGAAAGGUUUGUUUGCUGGGUGCCAUAAUGAGCAGUGUUGGUCUAUCUGUUUUACCAUUUACUCCAAAUAUACCAUACCUGAUCGCGUUCUUUGGAGUUAUAACUGGCAUUGGUUUCUGUUUCCUGUAUGUUCCUUCCCACACUCUGUCCGGUCUCUGGUUUGACAAAAACAGAGGACUGGUUACAGGAAUCGUCACUUCCGGUUCCUCGCUUGGUGGCGUAGUGUUUCCACACUUGAUUGAACUUCUAAUUGAGGUGUUCGGAUGGAGAGGUUCGUUUUAUAUUCUUGCAGCGCUGAAUUUACAAACAAUACUACUCUCUGGUCUAAUGAGAGAAUCGCCAAUUCAACGAUCAUGGAAAAAAUUAAAAACUAAAAAUAUCAACAAUGGCAGUGAUCUCACUGAUAGCACAAAGACAAUUUAUACAAUCGCUGAAAUUAAUGGAAGUAUAAAUUGUCAAAAUGGGGCAACAUCUAAGCACAAUUCUUCGGGUAUAGAUGUUACCAAGAAAAAUACAAAAGAACAACGGAAGAAAUCGCUAGAAGAAAAGUCAAGAGCGAUGAGACUACUGACGAACUUACCAUAUAUUCUUUACACGAUAAACAACCUUUUGUGGAAUUUUGGUGGUUCUGUACACUUACUUCUGGGACCAGAUUAUUAUACAAAAGUUGGUCUUGAUGUAACCCAAGCAGCAUCUCUCUUAUCCGUUGAGCAAGGCAUAAUGACCGUUGGUUGCGUUUUGGGUGGAAUCUUGGGCAACCACCGCAAAAUUAACAGAUGUAUUUUGUUCCUAGCAACAAAUUUUGUGACGGGUUCCUGUCUCCUCGCUUUUACUGUCCCGGUAUUCCACACGAUGGGGGCACUCGCCAUCAUCAACUCUUUGUUUGGACUGAGUUUCGGAACAUCUCUCGGAUUAUUGGUUAUUCUCGUGUCAGACUUUCUCGGAAGUGAACUGAUCGGGGAGGGUAUGGGAUAUCUGUUGUUAGCCUGUGGAAUAGGGACGUUCAUUGGACCACCUUUUGGAGGGUACCUGGUACAGAGGACAGGCUCCUAUGACAUGGCCUAUUAUCUAGCAGGGGCGGCUACUAUGCUCAGUGGACUCGUGUUAAUGGUUGUUCCAAUACGAGACUGUUUCCGGCGGUCCAAGACAUAUUUCAUAACAGUUACCGAAAAGGGAAAAUAAAAUACAAAUAGAUUCUUUA